GUAGAAUCCUUGUCUUCCGCGGGUACAAACACAGAUAUUUGGAUCUUCUAAAGGAACCUUUGAUCCGGAAACAGAUUUCGUAAAAAAAAACACCCCCAGACCACACAACGGGAAGCAUAUACCAGAAAUCGCGAAGAUCGAUCGAUAAGCUCGAAACAAAUUGGUAGGAAGAUUGCAACCCACUAGGAGCAUGGCCGAUUCUCAACUAGCUCACGAGUCCGACGACAAGCCAACAUGGGGCAGCGCAAACACACUGGAAGAUGUACCACCCACUGAGGAGGCACCACCCCAACUACCGGUGCCAUCGGAAUUGCUGUUCAAACCUGCCUCAGCCGGCCAUCAGCGACCGAAGGUCUUCUUCGACAUCACCAUUGACUCCAAUUCGGUGGGCAGGAUCGUCUUCGAACUCUUCGAUGACAUCGUCCCUAGGACUGCCGAGAACUUCAGGGCGCUCUGCACUGGUGAAAAGGGAGUCAGUCAAUCGUCUGGUAAACCGUUAUCUUACAAAGGUAGCACGUUCCAUCGAGUGAUCAAAAGUUUUAUGUGCCAGGGUGGCGAUUUCACAGCGGGUAAUGGUACCGGUGGCGAAUCCAUCUAUGGGGAUAAAUUUGAGGAUGAAAAUUUUGAGCUGAAGCAUUCCAAGCCGUUCCUCCUAUCGAUGGCCAAUGCCGGUCCGAACACCAACGGCUCUCAGUUCUUUAUCACCACCGUCCACACCCCACAUCUGGAUGGGAAGCAUGUCGUCUUUGGUAGAGUCGUUGCCGGCCGCUCGGUCGUGCGGCUUAUUGAACAGACCCCUACCAAGCCUGGUGCAGACCAACCUACUGAGUCGAUCAUGAUCUCGGACUGUGGAAUGGCCAGCCAAGAGAUGCCCGUGAAACAGGCCGAUCAGUGGGGCGACGAGUGGGAGGAUCACCCCAGUGAUGAUGAUGAAAAGAUCGAAUACAUUGAGACCUGCCUCAAGAUAGCCACCAAACUGAAACAGAUUGCAACGAGCGCAUUCAAAGAGGGUAACUUCGAGGUGGCAGCCAAGAAGUAUAUCAAAGCUGUUGCUUAUCUAGACACUCAUACGGUCUUACCCGAUGGCUGCAAGGACGAGGAGAUCGAGAGUUACACGUCCCUACGGGUUACUAUCCUUUUGAACGCUGGUCUGGCUUCGAUCAAAGCUGCCAGCCAACCCGGGGUAUCCCCCCCAGUGGCCAAGAAGCACGCCCGAGCUGCGAUGAAGUACUGUAGCAGGGUCUUGGACAUGCACCACUCGGCUGAACAGCCACUCCAAAAGUCUAAGCAGGGCUUGAUCGGAUGUUACAAGGAGCUAACUAAUGAUGAACGAGCAAAGGCACUCUAUCGACGGGCAUUAGCUGGGGUGAUUGUCGAAGAGACUGAUGUCAGUUUGAAAGAUCUGACCGAGGCCCAUAGACUGGUACCCGCCGAUCAGGCUAUCAAGAAGGAACUCGAGCGAGUCCGACUUCAGAUCGAUAACCAACGGAAGAAGGAGAGAGCAGCAUUUGGGAAGAUGUUUGGUUGAAAUAUCUAGAUCAAUUUUGGAAUCCUCCCUGCUUCCUACAUAUUCCCAUUUUUUUUUUGUUUGAACUGGGAUCUACCAUUGUCUAGUUUUUUUGGAAAGACAAGUAAGGAAAGAAAGUUUGGAAUGACUCCGAGUUUCUUGUUUUUUUUUUUUUUUUUUUUUUUUUUUUUUUAUUGGAAAAUAAA